CUUGGGCCUCCAGUCACUACGAGGCGUGCUCUCGUUCUUCAAAGAUAUUGAGGACAAGGAUCUCUCGACUUUACCGCUAGCCGAGCGCAAAGAGAUUCAGGCUCGGUUGGAGCGGGAUUGCAUAGACGCAGCCAUCAACCGCUGGCGAGAGGAGCACCAGCAGCUGCGCAAACUCGGCCGUGCCAAUGCCGCCCACGGCCCAGCUUUGAACUCGCAACUGUACGACUGGCACACCUCGUUAGAAGCCAAGAUUGUCGAAGAAUUUACAAUGCUCGACGUUGCGGAAGAGAGCAAGUCUAAGACGCAAGCCGACCAAGAUCGGUGUUCCUACGGGCCAUUCCUUCGGCAGUCAACCCCGACUAGGUUGGCUGCAGUCACGAUUCUAUCUGUCCUCAACACCAUCGUGACGCAAGGUGCGGACAAAGGUGUCACGCUCGCCACCGCUUUGCAGUCGCUUUCCCGUUCAGUCGAGGACGACGUCAAGUUCUUCGCUCAGACACGAGCCAUGGCGGAGAAGAAGCGGCUACGCAGGCGUCAGUUCCGCCAGCAAGCUGCGGCCCAGGCAAUUGCUGAGGUCUCGGAGAAGGCCGACGCCGACAAGCAGCCGAUCGAGAUCAAAGCACCUCUCUUCGAACGCGAAAACUGGCCACCCACAAUCAGAACCAAGGUUGCGGCUGUGCUGCUAUCGGCCCUGAUAGACACAGCCAAGGUCAACGUCGUGCGCGAGCACCCUGAAACGAAGGCGCUUGUUAGCCAGGUUCAACCCGCAAUGGCCCACACGACCGUUCACAAGAAGGGCAAGAAAGUUGGCGUGCUCAUGCCCAACAAGUUUCUCACGGAUAUGAUGAAGCGCGAGCCACGAGGAGACUUUCUGGCACGCCACCUGCCCAUGCUUGUUGAGCCAGAGCCAUGGUCUGGUUUUGAAAAGGGUGGGUUUCUAGGCACACCGAGUGCUCUCGUGCGUGUCAAGAAUGGCGAACGGGAACAGAAGAUUUAUGCCAAGGCCGCCGCCGAGAGGGGCGAUUUGGAGCAGGUCAUGAAGGGUCUUGACGUUCUUGGUCGUACGGCUUGGAGGGUCAACAAUCCCGUCUUUGACGUCAUGCUCGAAGCCUGGAAUUCGGGAGAAGAAGUUGCAAACAUCCCGGCACUACACCCGGACAUUACCAUCCCCCCCGAGCCCGAGGCAUCGGAGGAUGGCAAUGCCAGAAGAGAGUGGCUGAAGGCUGUCAAGGCAGCGGACAACAAGAGAUCCGGUCUGCACUCUGAGCGCUGUUUCAUGAAUUUCCAGAUGGAGAUUGCCCGCUCUUUCAAAAACCAGACCUUCUACUUUCCCCACAACAUGGACUUUCGUGGCCGUGCCUACCCUCUGCCGACCUAUCUCAACCAUAUGGGUGCUGAUAACGUCAGAGGUCUUUUACGAUUCGCAGAGGGCAAGGAGCUCGGCGAGGCUGGUCUGCGUUGGCUCAAGGUGCACCUUUCUAACGUCUUCGGCUACGACAAGGCUAGCUUGAAGGAGAGAGAACAGUUUGCCGUUGACCACUACGCUGAUAUCGUGGACUCUGCUACGAGUCCUCUCAACGGCAGGCGCUGGUGGUUGACGGCCGAAGAUCCUUGGCAAUGUCUGGCUACCUGCUUCGAGUUGAAGGCGGCGCUCGAGUCGCCCGACCCAACAAAGUUCGUGUCUCACCUACCUGUCCAUCAGGACGGCACCUGCAAUGGUCUGCAGCAUUAUGCAGCAUUAGGUGGUGACACGUGGGGCGCACAGCAAGUCAACCUUGAGCCGGGCGACCGACCAGCAGACGUGUAUUCAGCUGUGGCGAAUCUGGUCAAAGACAGCAUCGCGGCUGAUGUCAAGGAGAAUAACAUCAUGGGCUUGGCUCUGGACGGCAAGGUAACCCGAAAGGUCGUCAAGCAGACUGUCAUGACGAAUGUCUACGGUGUCACUUUCAUCGGUGCCAAGGCACAGAUCCAGAAGCAGCUCGACGCAGCAUACCCCGACUUGUUCAACGAGCAUGGAAUCCCUGUCCCGCUUCUGUCGUCGUAUCUUGCGACCAAGGUUUUCAAGGCACUUUCGACAAUGUUCCGCGGUGCCCACGAUAUCCAGUUCUGGCUGGGUGAGUGCGCCGGACGUGUGUGUCGUGCUCUGACGCCGGAACAGCUUGACCGCCUGGCUACUGGCAAGGAGGCUGAACCUACAAAAGGAAAGAAGAAGGUCACAAUGGCAGCCAAGUUGCAAGCAAGCAAGAAGAGGUCCAGCACCGACGAGCUUCUCGACCAAUUCAGAUCGACAAUUGUCUGGACCACUCCACUGCGCAUGCCGAUCGCGCAGCCCUACAGGAAGACCACGACCAGAUCUAUCGAGACUUGCCUACAAGAUCUCAACUUGCAAGUGCCCGAGCGGACCGACCCUGUGCACCGUCGAAAGCAGCUGCAGGCAUUCCCUCCAAACUUCAUCCACUCUCUCGAUGCCAGCCAUAUGCUUCUAAGCGCCUUGGAGUGUGACGAGCGCGGGCUGUCUUUUGCGGCGGUCCAUGACUCCUUCUGGACCCAUGCUGCCGACGUCGACACCAUGAACACAGUGCUUCGCGACUCCUUUAUUCGGAUUCAUGGCGAGGACGUCAUUGGCCGGCUGGCAUCGGAAUUCGAGGCUAGGUACAAGGGUUCUUUGUACCUCACCACAGUCGAAAAGGCCUCGCCGCUCGGCCAGCAGAUACUGGCGCUGCGCAAGGAGAGCAAGCUCAACAUGCGUGAAGAGCUACUGCGCGAGUACGAGCGAACCCGCCUUCUCAACUCGUCUGAUCCUUUUGACAUGCAAAAGGCGCAAGAGAUGGUUACACCAGCUCUACUUUUUGAGCGAGCUGCUGCUCAGGCGCCAAUCGACACUGUAGAUGAGAUGCAGGAAGUUGGCCUGGGCAGUAUCCCAGCAUCUGUUGGCCAUGAUGUUCUGCCAUCUCAGGAGGAGUCAGCCGAGGAUGCCUCUGAGUCCCACGAGCACAGCUCAGCAGUCCACUGCUCCGAAGAUGUUGAGCAUGUCAAGGAGCUGAUGGAAAUGUCAAACUUUGAGUUGACAAUGGCUAAGGGCUCAAAGCCGAAGAAGCCGUCCAAAGUCCGCGAGGCAACCAUUCAAGUGUGGCUGCCGCUCACUUUCCCUCCUAUCCCCAAGAAGGGUGAUUUUGACGUCAGAAGACUGAAAGAGAGCAAGUACUUCUUCUCUUGAUCUGUCACUGAGACAUUAUUCAUACCCAUACCACGAUACUCAUCUUGUACUUAUCCGCAACCUGUACAAAUCAUCCUUUCCACGACACUUAGCGACAUGCAUUUUCCACGGCGUUAGCAACUCACAAAAAAUCCACGGCCAACAAGGAGUUGUCUGCAUUGAAUAGUUGGGAAGCCCUUAGAGUCGGGCUCUCUGUAUACUACUUGUCUCACAUUUCUUGUAUCAUUAGCGACGUCUGCAUACAAUAGGGGAGGAUGGCGGCCAUGUCCCUGUUCAAGAGGGCCCCUCUGGACGGAGGGCAUGCACGGUUUACGAGAUAUAGACUUUGCGGCACGCUUUACCGCCUAUAUACCAUGUAGAAAUGUCGAAUAAGAGGAAGUUACGAAGCACACUACGUGUAGAACAUGG